GUAAACAUCAUCAUUUCAUCCUAAUUAUAUGUUGAGCCAGAAUCUUGUUAACUGUUGAGUCUACCAAAAUUCAGGGCAAUCGUAAGUCUACCAAAAUGGCUUUCAGGGCAAUCAACGAGUUGAGAUUAAUGCUGGCUCCGGCGGGAGGGAACCGAGCUUUUGCAACCUCCGCCGCUCCGAAGAUGAAACAUUUUGCAGAAAAUGUUCGUGAUAGUGAGGCUGCUCAGUCUACCAUGUCGAACAUCUGGAAAUUUCUUAGAAAGCCAGAGAACGCACCCGUUGCUGUGCUGCUAGGGUUCCUAAUUGUGCCUCUGACGAUUGGGACGCACAGUGCUCUACAGCAGCUCAUGCAUGCCCCGAUGGUUGUGGUCAACAAGAACAAGAGGGCCAUGUACGAGGUUGACAACCCAGAUGCUGCUGUUAGCUCAUCCGACAAGUUUAUCAACAAAUCUUUCCUGAGGAAGGUUGGCCACAUUCAGGAGCCCGGCAGGCCAUCCAUGCCUGAUUCAGUCCAGCAUGACCCUUUUACUCGGCCUCGCACGGCGGCGACGCUCAAAACAGUCGGAGUGGAUCCAAGCCGUCGCUAAAUGGGAUUUUCCAUCUCAACAAAUUACAAAUACUUCCUAGUGUGUCUCUAAAAAUUUCUAUCUAUCCCAAAUGGUCCCGUUAGAAUCCGAUUAUUAUGACGUGUGACAUUGUAAAUAGCUUAAUUUUGGGCAUAUGUUUUUCCUUUUCCUCUGUUCAUAGCUUAAUUUUGUUGCAAUGCACAAAAAUAUGUCAUAUGGGUUAUGAAGCCCUCCCUUCCUCGCUAGUAAAUUAAUUAGAGGUGAGAGGCUCCCAUUUUUGCUUGUUUAAUUUAUUGAUUUGUUCUAAUAAACAGAGACACCGUAUAAUUAUAAAUUUAUAAUA